GUUUGUGAGAGAGAGCAAGAGCAAAUUGGAGGAGAUUUGGUCAGGCGAUCGUGGAAACGGUUUUUGUUUUUUAGCUGCAGACUGUACUGGUCGUACGGAAGAGUGGAGUAGCACAAAGUGUGUGCGCAAUUGUAAUUUGAUGGGUACCCUUUAUGUCGAUUCCCCAUUCUCAUAUCUCUCUUCAACAAUCCUCCAAACACUUUUUUCACAAUCCCUCUCUAUCUUCAACCCUUCAAGCCCCUCCUUCUUCAAAAUGUCAACCGGAGCCCAAAUGUUUCGGCUUAGACCACUUCUAUUGCAUUUCAAAACAACCCAAACCAGAGCCCUCACCCAGUUCAGAAGAUGUACCGAGGUUUCUUCCGAAUAUGACGAUAUCAAUGUCGUUGAGCCUCCGACCACUAUUCUUCCUAGUGUAUAUACCUCUAAGAAGAUAUGCACGAGUUCUUUGGCUUCUUCCACAGAUGGUGGCUACCCUCCUAGAUGUCUUCUAAGAGCCGAAAUUCUGCCUUGUGAUUUUGUUAUUCGACCUUUUAAGGAUGGGGGUUCCAUUCUUCAAGUCCAUGCCCACAUCACUAUUACUAUAGCUCAGGUUAAGAACUUGCAGAUAUGCACGAGUUCUUUGGCUUCUUCCACAGAUGGUGGCUACCCUCCUAGAUGUCUUCUAAGAGCCGAAAUUCUGCCUUGUGAUUUUGUUAUACGACCUUGUGAGGAUGGAGGUUCCAUUCUUCAAGUCCAUGCCCACAUCAAUUUGGAUCUUCGACCUAUUGAACUGAUUGCAAAGUUUCUGGAUGAGAAACUUUGUGCUGGAAAUAAGAGUGAAGAAGAACUGGUGUGCACACUUGAUGAAGUUUUGGUUUUAUUCAGGUUUAUACAGGGGAAGGAUGUAUUUGAAGCAUUCUAUGAAAAGGAUCUUGCAAAAAGGCUACUGUUGAAGACCGAGUGUGGAAGCCAAUUUACCAACAAAAUUGAAUCGUUCAAGAGGGUUGCUAUGGCUGUUGCCCCAUCACAACUUGGCACCUUUACGGGGCCAAAACCCUUACCUGGUUCACUUGAGGCUCUUACUUUGGCACCAUGGAUUUGCAGGAGCUAUGGGACCCAUACCGGUGAUGAUGGCUCAUUGUCAGACCUGCCCAAUAAACCUCCCUAUAGAUGUAUCAAGUGCUGGUUAGAUGACAGGAAAAGGAGAGGAAAAUUCCGCAGACAAAAUUACACGGAAAGAAAAAAAGUCGAAGGCCACUAUGAGGAGAUGAAAGGGGAAGAUAAAGCAUUCCGCUGCCUCACCCAUUAUCCCAAAAAUUUUUGUAAACAUUGUGGUAAUGGGUUUCAAACCCCUGGUAAUCUGGGGGAUCAUCUUCAUGUUUGCCCGCACAAGAUCUAUAGUGAAUGGCUAGCUUGGAAGGAAGGCAAGGGAGCUUAAGAUCCGGUCAAAAUGAAAAGUUUAGAGAUCGUUAGAGUGAAAAGACAAUGGCAAUAGAUUGUUAUGUUUUUUGUCGGACCAUACACCCUAGAGAAGGGAGAUUAUGUUUUUGUAAAAAGUUACCUUUGUUUUUUUUUUUUUC